AUGCUUAAAGAAGAAUAUAUUCGAAUGAAUAGAGGAAUAAAUGGACAGGAUGAUUUACCUGAUGAAUUUUUAUCUAAAAUAUAUGACGAUAUUUCUGCAAAUGAAAUAAAAACUAAACCGGGGAAUUUGAAAAGACCAAAACUUAACUCUGAAACGGCAACAAUAAGACAAAGAAAAAUGUUUCAAAAUUUAGAAUUGGAAUCUAUUUCUCAAGUAGCCCAUUCACUGAUGGAGGCUGCGACAUUUACUCAUGUUGAAUUUACUACUGCCAAACAUUUUGAGCAAGUUCAGUUAAUGUUUGAGCUUAUCUGGUCCUUUUGUCUGGCGGCCUUCAGUAUUGGCCUCCAAUCUUCUGAAGAUCCUGCAAUAUGGCGUUGUUGUCUUCAAGGAUUUUCUGAAGGUGUUCGAGUUGCUUGUCUUUUUAGAUUAAAAGUACAACGGGAAGCUUUUGUCCAAGCACUCACAAAAUUCACACUUUUGACUGCAAACAGCUCUCUCUCAGAAAUGCGACCAAAAAAUGUGGAAACAAUAAAGCUUUUAAUUCAAAUUGGUGUUGAAAAUGGAAAUUAUUUAGAGCAAUGCUGGUACGAUGUUCUAAAAUGUAUAAGUCAACUUGAACUUGUUCAAUCUAUCAGCACGGGCAACCAUGACAAUGUAAAAAGCCUGUUCAAUAUUCGAGAAAAGUCUAUCCAUGCUGUUCAGAGUUGUUUAGACGAAACUUCCUCUCAAGAUGUUGUUGUGGCAAUUGACAGGAUAUUCCAAGACUCUUCUAAAUUAACUGGUGAUGCAAUUAUUCAAUUUGUGCGUGCUCUCUGUCAAGUUUCUCUCGAAGAAUUAUGUAGCCCUGGGGGUCCAAGCAUGUUUAUGUUACAAAAAAUCGUUGAAAUUUCCUUCUACAAUAUGAACAGAAUUCGAAUAGAAUGGUCAAUGAUUUGGAACGUUUUGGGAGAACACUUUAAUUUGGCUGGAUGUUCUUCUAAUGGAAAUAUUUCACAUUUUGCAUUGGAAGCUCUUCGACAAUUGUCAAUGAAAUUUUUAGAGAAAGGGGAAUUGCCAAACUUCCGUUUUCAAAAAGAAUUUUUACAUCCUUUUGAAGUAAUUAUGGAUCGAAACCGUUCUUUAGCCUGUCGUGAAAUGAUUGUUACCUGUGUCACCCAUAUGGUUCACUCUCACGCAGACAAAAUUCGUUCGGGUUGGAGAAAUAUUUUUUCACUCUUUAGUAUGGCUGCAACUGAAAAGGAUGAACGAAUAGUCGAACAAGCUUUUACUACAACUGCAGAAAUUAUUGGUGAUGUUUUUCCCAAACAUUUUGCCGAAUUAUCUCCUGACUCUUUCCAUGACGCGAUCAAGUGUUUGUCAGGAUUUGCUUGCAAUCCAGCGUUUCCUGAUACCAGCAUGGAGUCUAUUCGAUUAAUUCGUCUAGCUGCUGCUCUAGUUGAUAAACACUCAGAUUUGAUAAAUGCAAAUUGGGGAAGCAAUAGUGGAAGGCCCGAAUCUUUUAAAGAUUUGUCAAGUACUGAGGGUCAUCCAAUUUGGAUCAAAGGAUGGCUUCCUAUAAUAUUUGAACUUUCCUGUAUUGUUAAUAGAUGCAAGCUAGACGUCCGUACUAGAAGUUUAACAGUUUUAUUUGAACUUGUAAAAUCUUAUGGUGCAAAAUUUGGAGAUGAUGCUUGGACUGACUUUUUCAAAAUAAUUUUUAGAAUUUUUGAUUUUGGAAAAAUUGAUGAACUUGGAAAUGAGAAAAAUGAAUGGAUGAUUACAACAUGUAAUCACGCACUCUACGCUAUUGUUGACGUAUUUUCUGAAUAUUAUAUAUCGUUGGGUCCUCUACUUUUACCAGAAAUUUAUAAACAAUUAUAUUGGUGUGUGGAACAGGGAAAUGAAUUACUUGCCCGAUCAGCUAUUAAUUGCCUCGAAAAUCUUGUAGUUUCAAAUGGAAAUAAAUUUAAUAAACAAAUGUGGGAUCAAACAACUGAACAAUUAAUUAGAAUAUUUGAUUGCUCUGUUGUUGAUGUAGAUUCAACUGAAUCUCUGACUAAUGCUCAUCCAGCAAAGUCGGCAAUGGCUUCUGCAACUAAUUCACCUUCUACAACACCAAAUGAUGAAGGUUGUGGCAGUUUUGAGGAUUGUGUUUUACUCUCAUCAAUAACCCGUUGUAUUAUUCAACUUGAGGUUGUAGAUGCAGUUUCUAACAUUCUUUUUGGUAGAAAUGCAUUCAAAGUAGAGCCACCAGCAAAAAGGCCUUCAAAUACUUUCACUAAUGAAAGGGGAGGAAAUGGAGGGGGAGAGGGCCGUUCAGAAGAUUCUUUUUCGAUUGGUGAAUUGCCGUCAAUGUUCCAAUACCUCUCUACAAAAAAUUUAAUGUGCCUUGCCGAUGCAUUAUUGAGAAGUCAUUCAAUGGCUCGCCGCCUUUCUUCAAACACUACAGCUCAAAGAAAUUUACUUUGGAAAGCAACAUUUAAAGGUCGAUCAAAGCCUAAUAUGCAGAAAUUGGAGGCACAUUCAAUUCAUUGUGCAUUAAAUAUUCUUUUCCAACUUUAUGCUCAAUCUUCAAAUGGAGAACCUGAAAUUGUUGAAAUAACAGUAAAAUACGCUUUAGAAUAUUAUUUGACAUCCCAUUCAGACACUUUUCGUUCUUAUUGGUUAACAGUUGUACAAAUGAUUUUAAACAGAACUUGUGAUUUACCUAAUGAUCGGUUUGCUGAAUUGGGGGUUGAAUUUAGACUGUCUCUUACUUCGUUGAUUGAGUCUGAAGAACAACCAAUUAUUCGGAGUGCCUUACAUCGUGUUGUUCAACGAUUUAUUACUCAUGGACAUCCCAAUUCUUCAAUAAAUACAAUUUCUUAA